CACAACAGCGUGCAGCGCAAAACUCGUGAAUCGACCAAUCGCCAGCGUGGCGGCAGCAUUACGAUCAGACACAACGCGCUGCCCCUCGCAGUAGUAGUGUAGGAAGCAGAAAGUCUCGCUGGACCGCGGAAUGUGCUGUACGAAGCUUCACGCUUGCAGUAAUCGCCUUGCAAGUCUGUGCGUCGCAUGUCGUCAUCACAUGCAGGCGCAGGCGCGUACAAGUUGAAGAGCUCUCGCUCUCUUACUGCCACUGCCACUGCCACUGCCACAGGUACUGAGCUCACUCCUGCCUCGAUCAAGGUCUCCCUACAUACGACCAUCUACGAAAUCAACUCACCCGCUACACGGUAAAUCACCACCACCGCAGCAAUGGCAAUGAAGGAGAUGCUUGGACUCGCCCUGCGCGGCCUCGAAUUCCUCUGGGCCCUGCUCAUUAUGGCCCUCACUGGUAACAUGAUCGCGAUGGGUGCUGACCCGGCUGUCGUCAACUAUACCAUGUUCUGCGCUGCGUUCGCAAUGCUUUGCCUGCUAUAUCUGAUCCCGGCAACUGCGAACGACAAGUACGCCUUCGUUGGAUUCCUUCCAUUGGCCCUUGACGGUCUUUUGACUCUCUUCUGGUUCUGCGCUGCCGUCGCGCUCGCAGCUAAACUCGGUGUUCACAGCUGCAGCAGAGACAGCUACGUCAAUACCAACAGCGUCAUCCGCGGCGCAAGCAGCCCGCACAGCGCGUGCCGGGAGGCUCAGGCAUCGACCGCCUUUCUGUGGUUCGGCUUCGCUGCCUUCGUCGGAUCCCUCGUCAUCUCCGCGACCGGAAUGGGAGGAGGUGCAUCACGAGGUGGCAUCCGCAGAGGCCCAGCCAUGAGCCAGGUCUAAGCUUCAGGCUGUGCACCAGGAAUCACCGAAUCCCAGCAAAGCAGUGAAAGAGAUGCAUUGCAACUGUAUAUAAACACCAUGCUGCGUCCAACUACCACGCAAUCUGCGGAACGUUGGUCGCCCAUGAACUAGUUGGUUAUCUUACCGAUGAUUCUGUACAAAAGGGAUAUGGAGAGACGAUCAAAUGAAAGACAGGAUGGAACUGUACUGUAAUGACUCUCGUAUCUCUUGUUGGAGACUGGAACGCGUUUCAGCGAGUAAGCAACUGCAGGCGGAGCGUUCGCUGGCGUUCAUAUUCCCAUAAUGUGUACUGUUCUGAACACCAGAUGUCAAUAAUAUCAUAAGUUACCAACAAUUUCUGCCAUC